ACCCCUCUCCCGGAGGCUGUGGCCGCUCAGUGCGAUGAGAAGCGGCGGUAUCGGCGGAGGAGAGAGGCUGGAGCUCCCGGGAGCCGCGUUACCCUGAGGCCGCUCUAUGGAGGAGGCAGCCGAGGAUGCUGUGCACCAGGAAAACCAAACCGCUCGUGUCCACCUGUGUGAUCCUGAGCGGCAUGAGUAACGUGCUGUGCCUGCUCUAUGUGGGCUGGGUCACCAACUACAUGGCCGGCCUCUACGUGCGGGUCCAGGAGCCCCCCGAGAGACCCAAGAUGGAGCCCCCCGAGGACAAAGCCGGGGACACCCUGCGGAUCAUCGAGAGACUGGAGCGGCUGGAGAGCGUCAUCAACCAGCACAUACAAGAGACCCCGCAGAAAGCUGAGGAAGCAGCGGUCGAGCCCUUCACAGACUCCUCCCUCUUCGCACAUUGGGGUCAGGACCUCACCCCGGAGCACCGGAGGAUCGCCCUGAAGCAGUUCCAGUAUUACGGUUAUAACGCCUAUCUGAGCGACCGCUUACCGCUGGAUCGUCCGCUCCCGGACCUGAGACCCGCAGGGUGCAAGAACCUGACGUAUCCGGAACGCCUGCCGCAGGUCAGCAUCGUCUUCAUCUUCGUGAACGAGGCGCUGUCUGUCAUCCUGAGGUCCAUCCACUCCGCCAUCGACAGGACCCCCCCCGAACUUCUCAAGGAGAUCAUCCUGGUGGACGACAACAGCAGUAAUGAGGAGCUGAAGGAGAAAUUGGUGCAGUACGUGGACGAGGUCAACGCGCACAAACCCGGAUUCAUCAAGGUUGUCCGUCACGGCAAGCAGGAGGGGCUUAUCCGGUCCAGAGUCAGCGGUUGGCGAGCGGCGACGGCUCCGGUGGUGGCGUUAUUCGAUGCUCAUGUUGAGUUUAGUGUGGGAUGGGCGGAGCCAGUGCUGAGUCGGAUCCAGGAGAACCGCAAAGUCAUCAUCUCGCCGUCCUUCGACAACAUCAAAUACGAUAACUUCGAAAUUGAAGAAUAUCCUCUGUCCGCUCAGGGAUUUGACUGGGAGUUGUGGUGUCGUUAUCUGAACCCUCCGAAAUCUUGGUGGAAGAUGGAGAAUGCCACCGCUCCCAUCAGAAGCCCCGCACUGAUUGGCUGUUUCAUCGUAGACAGACUGUACUUCGAAGAGAUUGGUCUCCUGGACGAAGGGAUGGAAGUCUACGGAGGAGAGAACGUGGAGCUCGGAGUGCGGGUAUGGCAGUGUGGGGGCAGCGUUGAGGUUCUCCCUUGCUCCAGAAUAGCCCAUAUAGAGAGAGCGCACAAGCCGUACACGGAGGAUCUGACGGCCCACGUCAGGAGGAAUGCCCUACGGGUGGCUGAAGUCUGGAUGGACGAGUUCAAGAGCCACGUGUACAUGGCGUGGAACAUACCGCAAGAGGACCCCGGUAUUGACAUAGGUGACAUUUCUGAGAGGAAAGCCCUGAGGAAGCGGCUGCAGUGUAAGACCUUUCGGUGGUAUCUCAUCACAGUGUAUCCGGAAAUGAGAACCUACUCUGACAACAUUGCCUACGGCGUGCUGCAGAACUCCCUGAAGACAGACCUGUGCCUUGACCAGGGGCCGGACACGGACAACAUCCCCAUCCUGUACAUCUGCCACGGCCUUACCCCGCAGAACGUUUACUACACGAGCUCCCAGCAGCUUCACAUCGGAGUCCUGAGCCCGACCAUCGAUGACGACGACAACCGCUGCCUGGUGGACGUGAACAGCCGACCGCGGCUCAUCGAAUGCAACUACGCCAAAGCCAAGAGGAUGAAACUAUACUGGCAAUUUAAUCAGGGAGGAUCAAUCCAAAAUAAGAAAUCCAAGCGCUGCUUGGAGCUGCAGGAAAACAGCGACAACGAGUUUGGCUACCAGCUGGUGCUUCAGAAAUGCAGCGGACAGAAGUGGAGUAUAACAAACUUUCACAAGACCAUCUCAACUUAACGCAAAAAUGCGGAUCCUGUAAUACCUGCCGCGUCCAGCAGGGGGGAAGGGGGUAAGAGGGUGGGAUACGCUCAGCACAGGUUCUGUCCUCACACUACUUGAUUCCUUUGCUACCGUGUAGCAAAUGAUAGAACUUUGCCUGCUGUUUGGUUGUAUUUUUCUGUUGUUUUUUAUGGGUGAGUAUGUGGAGCAGGUCACGGGAUGUAGACUUUUUAUUUAGGAAUAUUUUUAAAGGUUUUUAGAAAGCUGUUGAAUGGUGGAGGGGACGGUGGAGAUGGCAGAGGGGGGAAUUUUACAUCCAAGUGUAAAUACGUAACAAAAAAUUCAAAAUAUUUAUAAUGGACAAUAAAUUUUAUGGAUACAAAA